UGUUUGUGCGCCAGUACAAAGGAGAAAAACACUUCAGAUUAUACAUAAUAAGUUACGAUAAAGGAUUGCGUUGCCUGAUUACCGUUGAACUGCUACCUAUAAAGUAGGCUUUUGUUCCUGGCCUUUAAUCAGUACUGAAAAUGUUGCUCAACAAUCCUCUCGUUCUUCUGUGCUUGGGAUUCAUCUUAGCAUCAGCUAAUGGCAAAAGUAUUGCUCCACCAGAAGAGCUUAACCUGGGUCCCCCUCAAGGAGCCGUUAUGGAUGUUAAUCCAGAGAAAAUGGGCGAGCAGCCGAAGAAUGACAUGGAUAAUUCCAGCCGUCUGUGGCCUGAUGGCGUCCUGUAUUACAGAAUUGGCGACGAAUUCAGCGUCCAAGAAACUGAAGCCAUUUACGACGUGUUUACGAUGUACGAAACCAAAAGUUGUGUCACGUUCGUCAAACGCACAACCGAGGAUUCCUACGUUUCAAUCCAGAAAACCGGUGGCGGGUGUUACAGCUACACUGGCAGGCAACCAACGCAGCCUCAGGUCGUCUCUCUCGAUGCAACAUGCUUCGAUUGCACCCGCGCCGGAUGCAACACUGGCGUGCUUAUCCAUAAAUUUAUGCACGCCUUCGGGGUCACUCACGAGAAGAACGAAAUUCGUCGUGAUGUUCACACUAGCAUGAACCACACCGACAUCGGACGUGAAUCCACAGCGCAAAACGGAACGCACGAACUAGCGCAUCCCCACAUCGCGACUACGAAUGCAAGGGAUGAAGUCUCCGUUGACCACGAACUGCAUUUGGCGAAGCUUAAUGCAUUGUACGAAUGUCCUGGAGUGACGUUUAAGGCUUUUUCUGGGGUGAAGCUGGGCCUGGAUGAUCUAGCAGCUCUUGCCGUUCUCGGUUCAGUAGCGCAGGGAUUCGAUCCUCAAGGGAAAGGAAAAGCAAAAAAAUUAAGCGGAAUAGGGACGGAAGAAGAGGGAAAAAAUCCAAACCGAAAACAAGAGGAGGUGAGCGCAGGGAAAGAGACAAAAGGCGACAAAGAACAAGAGGAGAAGAAAAGAGAUGCGGAUACGAAAACGGCGAAAGAAAUGGAAAAAGAAGAGCGACAAAAAGAGGUGGAUAAAAAGAAAGCGGAAGAAGAGGAAAAAAAAAGAACCCGGAUUGAGGCGGAAAACAAGGAAAAGGUACGCAAAGAAGCGGAAGCAAAGGAGAAGGCAAACAGAGAACAAGAAGAAAAACGAAAAAAGGCGGAAAUAAAGAAACAAGCAGAAACGGAGAAAGAGGCGCGACAAAAAGAGGUAGAAAGGGGAAAAAAGGAAGAAAGAGAAAAAGAAGCAAAACGAAAACAGGCGGAGAAAAAGGAAAAGGAGAACAGAGAGAGAGAAAAGAAACGGAAGGAAGCAGAGAGAAAGAAAAAGGAAAAACAAGAACGAGAAGAGAAACGGAAGGAGGCGGAAAGAAAGAAAAAGGAAGAAAGAGAAAAAGAGGCAAAACGAAAACAGACGGAGAAAAAGGAAAAGGAAAACAGAGAAAGAGAAAAGAAACGGAAAGAAGCAGAAAGAAAGGAAACAGAAAGAGAAGAGAAACGGAAAGAGGCGGAAAGAAAGAAAGAGGAAAGAAGAAAACAAGAAGAGAAACGAAAGGAGGCGGAAAGAAAGGAAAAGGAAGAAAAAAAAGCAGAAGAGAAACAGAAAGAAGCCGAAAGAAAGGAAAAGGAAAAUAGAGAAAGAAAGGAGAAACGGGAGGAGGCGGAAAGAAAGAAAAAGGAAGAAAGAGAAAUGGAAGAAAAACGGAAGGAGGCGGAAAAGGAAAGAAAAGAAAUAGAAGCAAAACGAAACGAAGCGGAAAGAAAUCAAAAAAAAGACAGAGAAAAAGAAAUAAAACCAAAACUUAAAGACCGUAUUUUAAACAAGGCAAAGGAUUGGAUUGGCAAGGCAAAGAAUGUAUUUAAAGGUUAAUUUUAAACGGCCACUUGCGCCAUGGCACCCGAAAACUCAACUGAAAUCCAAUCAUCAAAUUUGAAUUCGUAUUACAAUGCGACGUGGACAUUUCCGCGUAAUUUCAAACAAUAAGUUUCAGUAGUUGACAAAUAACAUCGUCUAACAAUAAACAUGCGUACCUUAA